UCACCUGGCAAACGCGACGAAGACGACCCUCCUCUCUCUGCCACUCCCGACAUGGGCUCGUCCUCGACGCGCGUGUCCCUCAACGCGGGACUAGGUGCCUUGUGCGAGCCUCGCGACGUGAGGGACCCGAGAGACGACGGCAAGCUGACCUCAGGCGGUUCCAGCCCCAGCCGCGAAGUCCAGCAGAUCAUGUCGCACAAUGACGACAUUUACAAACCACAUCUGGAGGACGAGUCGAGCCAAACGCCUGUAGCAGAAGAAGAUUCGUCAUCAGUAAUACAGAACGGCACAGACCCCGUUUACGGCGGCGGCACUUUGUUCGCUGAGACGUCUGGCGGCAAACUGACGCACAGCGGCAGCGACACCUCGUGGCCGCAGAUAUCUCUCGCGCAGAUCACAGAAGCCAACCAACGGAAGGCCUCCAGCGACAAGUCUAGCAGCCAGUCACUUAAUAACUCCCUUAACGUGUCCGCUGGUGAGUCACUAGAUCUUAUACAGUAAUAAUCAAAA